GCAGUGCACUGAAGACAGGAGAUCAGUUACUUCCAGUUCCCUGGAGAGCUCUUGAUGAGGAUGCUGAAGAUGCUGAUCCUGCCGCUGGUGGUCUCCAGCCUGAUGUCUGGCCUCGCCUCGCUGGAUGCCAAGACCGCCAGCCGGCUGGGCAUCCUCACUGUGGCGUACUACUUGUGGACCACUUUCCUGGCUGUCGUCGUGGGCAUCGUCAUGGUUACCAUGAUCCACCCAGGAGGUGCAGCCCAGAAGGAGACUAUGGAGCAGAGCGGGAAGCCUGUCAUGAGCUCAGCCGAUGCCCUGCUGGACCUCAUCAGGAACAUGUUCCCAGCCAAUCUGGUGGAAGCCACAUUCAAACAGCACCGCACGAAGAUCGUCCCAGUUGUCAGGUCCCCCAAGGUGGCCCCAGAGGAGGCCCCUCCUCAGCACAUCCUCGUCUACGGGAUCCAGGAAGAGAACGGCUCUCGUGUGCAGAACUUCACACUGGACCUGACCCCACCACCUGAGGUCAUCUACAAGUCCGAGCCUGACACCAGUGAUGGCAUGAACGUGCUGGGCAUUGUCAUCUUCUCCGCUACCAUGGGCAUCAUGCUGGGGCGCAUGGGUGACAGUGGAGCCCCCCUGGUCAGCUUCUGCCAGUGUCUCAAUGAGUCCGUUAUGAAGAUUGUGGCAGUGGCUGUAUGGUACUUCCCCCUCGGCAUUGUAUUCCUCAUUGCUGGCAAGAUCCUGGAGAUGGAUGACCCCAAGGUGAUUGGAAAGAAGCUGGGCUCGUAUGCCAUCACCGUGGUGUGCGGACUUGUGAUCCACGGCCUCUUCAUCCUGCCCCUGCUCUACUUCUUCAUCACCAAGAAGAACCCCAUCGUCUUCAUCCGUGGUGUCCUCCAGGCCCUGCUCAUUGCACUGGCCACCUCCUCCAGCUCAGCCACACUACCCAUCACCUUCAAGUGCCUGCUGGAAAACAACCACAUCGACCGGCGCAUUGCCCGCUUUGUGCUGCCCGUGGGUGCCACCAUCAACAUGGAUGGCACCGCACUCUACGAGGCUGUGGCUGCCAUCUUCAUCGCCCAGGUCAACAACCACGAGCUGGACUUUGGCCAGAUCAUCACCAUCAGCAUCACAGCUACCGCGGCCAGCAUUGGGGCAGCUGGCAUCCCUCAGGCCGGGCUUCUCACCAUGGUCAUCGUGCUCACCUCUGUGGGACUGCCCACGGACGACAUCAACCUCAUCAUUGCCGUGGACUGGGCUCUGGACCGCUUCCGCACCAUGAUUAAUGUGCUGGGUGACGCACUGGCUGCAGGGAUCAUGGCCCACAUCUGCCGGAAGGACUUUGCUCAGGACCCUGGCACUGAGAAGCUGCCACCCUGCGAGACCAAGCCACUGAGCCUUCAGGAGAUCGUGGCGACCCAGCAGAAUGGCUGUGUGAAGAGUGUGGCGGAGGCCUCAGAGCUGACCCUCGGCCCUGCCUGCUCCCACCACGUCCCUGUGCAGGUGGAGCAGGACGACGAGCUGGCUGUGGCCAGCCUGGACCACUGCACCAUCGAGAUCAGCGAGCUGGAGACCAACGUCUGAGCUUGUGGGGCUGCAGUGCAGGUGAGGCCCCCGGGGCCAGGGCAGGAGCUGAACUCCCCUGAGUUCAGAGCAUCUGAGCAGCUGGCAGGCACCAGGCUCAUGCAUUCUGCCUUCUUGGAGGCUGCGAUUAGCUUCAGAGAUGGGAAAUAGGGUUUCAGAGAGAAGGGGGUGCAUGCAGGAGCCCCACCUAGAGGGUGAUAACCUGCUGAGCCCAAACCCUACCUGUGAGCCGCUACCCUGCGGGUCCAUGGUGCCAGGUGGGGAUUGUGGUCCCCAUUUUCUGGAUCACAGAUUUGAGGUUCUGAGCACUUAACCACAGUCUUGAAAAAGCAAUGUCAGGGCUAGGAUACUGACUGAAGUGUUUUGAGCCCUGGCUACUCCCUCCUAGGACAGAGUGGCCUGCAGGGCCAGAUGCUGAAGGGCUCCGCAGCCACCAUCCCUUCUCCCUUAUGAGGAUGGACUGACAAGCGGUGUCCCCCACCUCACCCCAUAGCAUUUGGCCUCAGCCAAACAGCUGUCCCCAUGGGGAGCCUAUCCUGGGCUGAGACCUGCUUACUGCCUUUAAUGUGUCACAGCCUGCCCCGUCCCCGCCCACCAGCUGAGUCUGAUAUGGGGAUGGACAUCUUCACUAGGGACCCUGGAAGAGCCUGGUGGGGAUAUCCAGGCCAGCUUCCUGUGGACAGGUAGGCAGGGCCCUGUGGCACCCUGGGGUCAGAACUCCCCAAAGGCCCACGUGACAAUGGAGUAGGUGUUCCUAUCCCUUUCUGUGUUUGCAAACUCAGUGAUAGCGAAAU